AUGGAUUUUUGAGUCAAUUUAAACCCAAAUCCAUUUACCCGUUUGAGCUGCCCAAACCCGUCAAUCCACCACCCUGGGACUGUAAUAAGCCCUAGGGCUUCGGCUUACGCGCAUCCCUUGAACGCAGUUGUGCGCCGCUGCCCCCCUUGCACCGUUGCCGUUGUGCCUCGAGGCCACGCCCGCUCUCCCUCUUGAACAUCUCCACUACCGAUCUCUGUACCAAUGGCUGUGAAACCCUCCAAGGCAGACAAGAAGAUAGCAUAUGAUCAGAAGCUCUGCCAGCUUCUGGAUGAGUACAGUCAGAUUCUGGUGGCGGCAGCUGACAAUGUGGGGUCCAACCAGUUGCAGAACAUUCGGAAAGGUUUGCGUGGUGAUUCCAUUGUUUUGAUGGGGAAGAACACCAUGAUGAAGCGGUCUAUAAGGAUUCAUGCUGAGAACACUGGAAACAAGGCCUUCCUCAACCUCAUUCCUCUGCUUGUGGGAAAUGUUGGCUUGAUUUUCACCAAGGGGGAUUUGAAGGAAGUGCGUGAGGAGGUUGCCAAGUACAAGGUUGGAGCUCCUGCUCGUGUUGGGUUGAUAGCCCCAAUUGAUGUUGUUGUCCCGCCUGGCAACACAGGACUUGAUCCUUCCCAGACCUCUUUCUUCCAGGUCCUCAACAUUCCUACCAAGAUUAACAAGGGUACUGUUGAAAUCAUUACCCCUGUGGAGCUUAUUAAGAAGGGUGACAAGGUGGGAUCCUCUGAGGCUGCCCUUCUUGCAAAGCUAGGGAUAAGGCCCUUCUCUUAUGGUCUUGUUAUCGAAUCUGUCUAUGAUGAUGGCUCCGUUUUCAGCCCAGAGGUGCUCGACCUGACCGAAGAAGACCUUGUUGAGAAGUUUGCUACUGGUGUCUCCAUGGUUACCGCACUGUCGCUGGCCAUUUCAUACCCAACCUUAGCUGCAGCAGUCCACAUGUUCAUCAAUGCCUACAAAAAUGUUCUCUCUGUUGCCAUUGCGGCCGAGUAUUCUUAUCCCCAUGCAGAUAAAGUGAAGGAAUAUCUACAGGAUCCUAGCAAGUUUGCAGUUGCUGCAGCCCCAGUUGCAGCUGCUGAUUCUGGUGCUGCUCCUGCUGCCGCUGCUGCCGAGGAAAAGAAGGAAGAACCUGCUGAAGAGUCUGAUGAUGACAUGGGCUUCGGUCUAUUCGACUAGGUUCCAUGUUUAUUACAAUACAGUUUUGUGCUUGAGACUAGGAUUUCAGGUUUCAGUUUGUUAGUCGUGAUUUUCUAAAUAUUAGCCUGGAUGCGGAUUAUUGUCUUAGAAUCAACUUCUUGAUUCAUAUUCUGCUCACCAUACUGUCCACUUUUUUCCUAUGUUUUUUCCAGCUGAGUUUUAAGUUGAUUGAAUUAGCCUAAUGUUUGUAUCUGCUAUUUUGUGAAAAAAUAAAAUUUUAUUCAUUAA